GCUCAUUCGAGAUCCACCCAAAGUAAACAAAGCCCCUUUUUUUACUCUCCUUGUCGGAUCCACAUUGCCUCCAAGUUCUCCAACGGCGGGAACACAAUGAGCGACUUCGCAUCGAAAGCAAAAGUCCUCAGGGACGGCCAAAAGCCCGAAUUCCCUUCAAACGCCAACACCCUCGAAUACGCUCAGAGUCUCGACGCCCAGGAUAAGCUUAGGCAUUUCAGGGAUGAAUUCAUCAUUCCCACUCGCGCUUCGCUGAAGAAGAAGGCUCUUGAUGGGAUCAUUCCCGGCGCUCAAACAAACGGCACCAUCACCGACGCCGACACCCCCUGCAUUUACUUCGUCGGCAACUCCCUCGGCGCCCAACCCAAGGCCGUCCGCCGCUUCCUCGAAGCGCAACUCGAGACCUGGGCCUCCAUCGGCGUCAACGGCCACUUCUCCUCACUUUCCAACUCGCCCCUCACCUCCUGGCAAGACAUGGCCGCCGACUGCGCCGCCAAGUCCGCCGCCAUUGUUGGCGCCGCUGACCCUUCCGAAGUCGUCAUCAUGAACACCCUGACCGUCAACCUGCACUUCAUGCUGGCCUCCUUCUACCGCCCCACCGACAAGCGACACAAAAUCAUCCUGGAAUGGCGUCCCUUCCCCAGUGACUGGUACGCCUUCCAGUCGCAGAUCGAGUGGCACGGCUUGAACCCCGAGAAGAGCAUGGUGGAGAUGCAGCCUGACGAAAACCUGUACUUGUCGACGGAAAAGAUCUUGGCUACCAUCGAUGAACAUGCCGAAGAUGCUGCCCUGCUGCUCCUGCCGGGCAUCCAGUACUACACCGGCCAACUCUUCGACAUCCCCCGCAUCACCAAGUACGCUCAGGAGCGCGGCAUCGUUGUCGGCUGGGACUUGGCGCACUGCGCGGGUAACGUCGAGCUCCAGCUUCAUGACUGGAAUGUGGACUUUGCCGUGUGGUGCACGUACAAAUACCUAAACGGGGGUCCUGGCUCCAUGGCUGGCGCUUUUGUGCACGAGCGCCACGGCAAGGUGGACAUGAGCUCGGGCAAGCCGGUGUUUAAGCCAAGGUUGAGCGGGUGGUAUGGUGCCGAUAAGAGCGUGCGGUUCAACAUGGACAAGGAGUUCCAGCCCACGCCUGGUGCGCAGGGCUUCCAGGUCAGCAACCCGAGUGCGAUCGACUUGACGAGCUUGGCGGCUGCCUUGUCGGUGUUCAACAAGACGAGCAUGAAGGACUUGAGGAGUAAGGCGCUGGUGUUGACGGCGUAUACGGAGCAUUUGUUGGAUGAGAUUGUCAGGAGACAGCCAGAGGGCGAGGAGCCGGCCUUCAAGAUCAUUACGCCCAGGGAUCCGUUGCAGAGAGGAACACAGUUGAGCUUGUUGUUGAGGGAUGGCUUGAUGGAUACGGUGGCGGCGGCGCUGGAGGCACACGGUGUGGUGUGCGACAAGAGGAAACCAAACGUCAUUCGCGUGGCGCCGGUGCCAAUGUACUGUCGGUUCGAGGAUGUGUGGAAGUUUAUCGAGAUCUUUGAGGCGGCUAUCAGGGGUUAGCAUGGGUCGUAGCACGUGGGAGAAUACAAUACAAUCGCCAAGUCAAAGCGGAUACUUGAAGUAGUACGUGUUUGGAUAUCAUGGUGAUUAGAUAUUUUCCAAGGAUAUAUGCGCCGCCUCAAGCUCAGAAAGCACCAUUGGUAAAGUCCACCACCGUAACCUUUUCCACAAAAGGCUCGAUAUCCUUCUUGAACGAUUGAUGGACGGGAUCCAAGUUGACGUAGUAAUCUCUUUCGGCGGCGGACUCAAACUCGACAACGAACGCAUGGGUAAGGCCGCCCUG